CUUGAGCACUGGGCGGGGUUUCGAUACUGUCAGUAGCGGGCUCAGCUGUUUUUCCAGUCGGCGUUGAGAGCUCUGUCCUUUGGGUUCAAAUUCGUGUCCCUCCGCUGCCUGUCACAGGCACUUCCGCUCGCUGCGCACCGAACCCGCCGGGUCAAUGAGCCGCUCCUUCCGCCCAGCGCCGGGCCCGGGCCAAUGGACACCAGCGACCUGUUCAGCAGCUGCAGAAAGGGAGACAUCUUCAGAGUGCGACACCUUGUGGAGCAGAGAGACGUGGAACUGAAUGUGCGUGAUAAGUGGGACAGCACACCCUUGUACUAUGCCUGUCUUUGUGGACAUGAGGAACUUGUCCGUUACCUUUUAGCGAAUGGUGCCAAGUGUGAGGUGAAUACAUUUGAUGGGGAGCGCUGUCUGUAUGGAGCUUUAAGUGACACCAUCCGUCGGCUGCUGAAGGAAUACAAACAGAUAACAUCCAAGUGCAUGCAGAGGGAUUACUAUGAUGACUUCCUUCAGAGACUCCUGGAGCAAGGCUCUUACAGUGACACAAUGUUUAUUGUACAUGGGGAAUCCUUCCGCGCUCACCGAUGCGUCCUCAGCGCUCGUAGUCCAUACUUUGCAGAAAUGUUUGAGAACAAGUGGAAGGGGAAGAAUGUCAUUGGGCUGAAGCACCCACUGGUAAAUCCAGCUGCCUUUGGUUCUAUAUUGCAGUAUUUGUAUACAGGCCACAUGGAUAUCGAUGUGGAACAUGUUGAAGACUGUAAGAGACUGGCCAAGCAGUGUCAGCUGCAAGAUCUCAUUGAUGAUCUAGAGGAGAAGUGUAAAAAGGUCUAUGAAUUUGUUUCCUCCAAGCCUGGAACUUGUGUAAAGGUUCUAAGUGUGGAACCCUCUGGGAAUGGCCGCCUGCAAGAGGAUCUAGCUAUUUUAGCAGACUGUGCCCUGCCAGCUGAGCUGCGGGUGGGCUUUGGAGAGCUGCCAUUUGACAGUACAGAUCAUUUCAGCAGUUACCCUGAUGUCUGCUUCCAGAUUGCUGGUUACAAUUUUCUUUGUCACAAGUCUUUCUUUUGUGGCCGGAGUGAUUACUUCAAGGCCCUGUUAGAGGAUCACUUUUGCGAGAGUCAAGAACUGCAGACGCUGCCCAGCAUGCCGGCAAUCACUCUGCACAACAUCACGGAGGAGACCUUCAUGCGUGUCCUGUAUUAUAUUUACAGUGAUGACACUGAGCUAUCCCCAGAUAACGCCUAUGAGGUGCUGUGUGUGGCAGACAUGUAUCUGUUGCCUGGACUGAAACGCUUGUGUGGAAAGACCUUGGCCCAGAUGCUGGAUGAGGACAGUGUCAUUGGUAUUUGGAAGAUUGCUAAGCUUUUCCAGCUGACGCGGCUAGAAGAUCAAUGCACAGAAUAUAUGGCCCGUAUCAUUGAGAAGCUGGUGGAUUCUGAGGAGUUUGCUGCAGCCAUUCGAGAGGAUGCCGAGGCGGUGGAGGAACGCCAGGAGACAGACUCCAUCCCGCUCAUUGAUGACAUCCGUUUCCAUAUCACAAGCAAUGUGCAGACUUACAGCGCCAUCGAGGAGGCCAAUCAGCGACUUGAGGCUUUAGAGAAUUUGUUGGUUAAGUUAGAACUGGAAUGUUAAGUCCAAGAAGAACAGAAUAUGACCCAUCUGUAAAGAUUACAUGUAGGGAGAUUGUUCUCUUCCAACAAAUGUAAUGGUCUAUAUCCAACCCAGGGAUCACCCGGGGGUCAAGUGAUACCAUCUGUAUCUCCAUCCAAAUCAGUUACAGUUUGUAGCCACAUGUUUCCUUUAAAUAGUCCGCCAGCUGUUUCUGAACUACAGUUUUCAGCACCUUUACCUGGCUGGGGAGUUAUAGUUCUGUAACAACGGAUGGGUUUUCUAAUAUCAGAUAUUUUAUUUCGCUGAGCAUUACAGUCCCACACUAACAUUGUGCAUGGGCUAAAUCUACUAUGCCUACUAGGGUUAAGGAGGCCAUACACUGGCAGAUUAAAGAUGCCGAUAUUGGUUAUUUAGACUGAUUCGGCAUCUUAUCUGCCCGUGUGUGGCGGCUCCUGACAGGUCCUCCCGAUCGAUAUCAGGCCAAAAAUUGGGCAGAUAUCGAUCGGUCAAGUUUGAUAUUUUCAGCGAUCCAGGACUGCAUCAGCUAGUUGAUGCGGUCAGCGCCCAUUCAUAGCAUUAUAAUCCGAUCGUCGGCCCCAGGGCCGAACGUUCGGAUUUACCCAAUAUCACCCACCCGUUAGUGGGCGUAUCGGGUUAAGAUCCGCUCGUUUGGCGACCUCACCAAACGUGCGGAUCUAAUAGUGUAUGGCCACCUUUAGGGUGCCAGUUAGUUAGGUUUUUUGCUGCAUUUCAUGUAUCUUACUCACUUGGUGUGUAGGAAUCUAUCCACUUAAGAGUUGUACCCAGGAUAUAUAUUAUUUCUCUUGCAGAGCACAUUGAAGAUACCGCACCUAUACACUGCUCACAGUCCCCUAAUACAAGAGAGAAUAUUAAAUCAGCUUGUAUACACUAAAUAUAUAUUUGUUUGCACAGACUAUAGCAGUUAUACAUCCUUUGGGCUCUAAGGACCCUUUAUAAAGUUAACACUGCCUGUAAUAAUACACCGGAUCUAUUUCAAUCCCUAUCAUUUCCAUAUCACCUGUAUGCAGCAAUGGAUGGUUAUUCUUCAUAGCACCUUGGCUGGCUGUGCGGAGGUGAAUACAUUUGUCUGAAGUUCCAUCUUGUGUACAUCACCCCUUAAACAGCAAAAUCAAAUUCAGUUGUGUAUAUAUUUUUUUUUUUUGUUACCAACUUCAAGAAAAACCUGAUUGAUCAAUUAAAAUGGUGAACCCCUAA